AGUGGGGAUUACUCUUAUGAAACCAGACUGCCGAGCCGGGGAUCUGUGAAAACGGUGUUAACCAACUCCGCUGCUCAAGAUCCACAAGGCGAAACUAGGGAAAGAAAUGUUUUUUUCUUUGAGGUUGACAUAGUAAUCACAUCUGGGGACCACUUCAAAGCCAUUUGAUGGCCCCUAAUUCCAUCCACUGGUUCCGGAAGGGCCUCCGUCUGCAUGACAACCCUGCGCUGCAGGAGGCCAUCCGAGGGGCUGGCACUGUGCGCUGUGUUUACUUCCUGGAUCCCUGGUUUGCCGGCUCCUCCAACUUGGGGGUCAACCGCUGGAGGUUCCUGCUGCAGUGCCUGGAGGAUCUGGAUGCCAGCCUGAGGAAACUGAACUCCCGCCUCUUCGUCGUCCGAGGCCAGCCUGCCAAUGUGUUUCCUCGCCUCUUCAAGGAGUGGAAGAUCUCACGGCUGACGUUCGAGUACGACUCGGAGCCCUUUGGGAAGGAGCGGGAUGCUGCCAUCAAGAAGCUGGCCAAGGAGGCUGGGGUGGAGGUCAUCGUCAAGACCUCCCACACCCUCUACGAUCUGGACAAGGUGAUCGAUCUGAACGGUGGCCAGCCCCCUCUGACCUACAAGCGUUUCCAGACUCUGGUCAGCCGGCUGGACCCCCCUGAGAUGCCGGUGGACACCAUCUCCAGCAGCAUGAUGGGGUGCUGCAUCACGCCUGUGUCUGAGGACCAUGGGGACAAGUACGGGGUUCCUUCCCUGGAGGAACUAGGCUUUGAUACUGAAGGCUUGCCUACAGCCGUGUGGCCGGGAGGUGAGACAGAGGCUCUGACCAGAAUAGAGCGCCACCUAGAGAGAAAGGCGUGGGUGGCCAACUUUGAGCGCCCCAGGAUGAAUGCCAACUCCCUGCUGGCCAGCCCCACAGGCCUCAGCCCCUACCUGCGCUUCGGCUGCCUCUCCUGUCGACUCUUCUACUUCAAACUCACCGACCUCUACCGCAAGGUGAAGAAGAACAGUUCACCGCCCCUCUCCCUGUACGGCCAGCUACUAUGGCGGGAGUUCUUCUACACGACCGCCACCAACAACCCCCGCUUCGACAAGAUGGAGAGCAACCCCGUCUGUGUCCGCAUCCCGUGGGAGCGCAACCCCGAGGCCCUGGCCAAGUGGGCAGAGGCCAAGACGGGCUACCCCUGGAUCGACGCCAUCAUGACCCAGCUGAGGCAGGAGGGCUGGAUCCACCACCUGGCCCGGCACGCCGUGGCCUGCUUCCUGACCCGCGGAGACCUCUGGAUCAGCUGGGAGGAGGGCAUGAAGGUGUUUGAGGAGCUGCUGCUGGACGCAGACUGGAGCGUGAACGCAGGCAGCUGGAUGUGGCUCUCCUGCAGCUCCUUCUUCCAGCAGUUCUUCCACUGCUACUGCCCCGUGGGCUUCGGCCGGCGCACAGACCCCAACGGGGACUUCAUCAGACGCUACCUCCCCGUCCUCCGAGGGUUCCCUGCCAAGUACAUCUACGACCCCUGGAACGCUCCAGAGUCCGUGCAGACGGCUGCCAAGUGCAUUAUCGGUGUGGAUUACCCCAAACCCAUGGUCAACCAUGCAGAGGCCAGCCGCCUCAACAUCGAGAGGAUGAAGCAGGUCUACCAGCAGCUGUCACGCUACCGGGGACUAAGCCUGCUGGCGUCUGUGCCCUCCAAUGGGAACGGCCAUGGAGCCAUGAUGGUCUACUCUCCUGGAGACCAGCCGUCUGCUUCCAACACACCACACGUGCCCCUUGUGUCCGGGAGCCCGGUUGUCACCGGUAACGGCAGCGGGAGCACCCUGCUAAACUUUCACAGAGAGGACCAGCCGGGGCCGCGUGGUGUUCAACAACAACAACAACAGCAGCAGCAGCAGCAGCAGCAUGGUUACCAGUCAGUGCCAGACGCUAGCUUGGCUGUGCCCAGCAGCACACUCUACCACGAGUUUGCUAUGCCUCAACACCCAGGGCGCCUGCUGCACUCGGGAGGCAGCGUUACAGGAAAGCGGGGACGCGAGUCGCUGCGUGACUCACUCAGGCAGGAGGACGAUGACUCCUGCUCUCUCCUCAAGAUCCAACGACAGAGCACAGAGAAGACCUAGUGAAGUUGGAGACCACCCACAAUAUCUUGAUUGAGUCUACACUGAACUGACUCGAUGGAAGGCCUACAUUAUCAGGGGACAGAAGUUACUGGGUUUUCCUCACCCACACAGAGUUCAAAACGAUAUUGCCUCAAAAAAUAUUUUUUGGAUCGCCGGGAAUCAGAGGUGAAAUGAGGCUAGUUGGAGAACUUUGAAGAGAUGUAGAGGCAGUUAACAGUGCCACAUCAGCAGUUAUGCCUGUCCUCAGAAGGCCCUCUGUCCUCAGGUCUAAUCUUAAGCUAACAACCACCAGCAAGGUGACACCUUAAAAACCUGUGCCAGCAUUAUUAGACAGGGCAAAAAUGUGUUCGGCUUCUGUUAAGCAAAUGGAGCACAUUGUACAUAUUGACUUAUCGUAGUUGAAAUAUUUGGAUUGAAAGUAUUAUAUCAAAUAAUUUGAUCUGUGCCAGUUGAACAAGAUUGUGACGUAUAUUUGCUCAAACAUUCCCAUAAUAUCAUUCAACUCCAAAUUGACUAACAGUUUACAACAAUUGAGUAACAACUACAGGUUGAGAAAUCCAACCAAAGAUGUUUUAUAGAUAGAAAUCCCUGCCAGAUUGUUGAUUGGAAUACACACUUGUGUAUAGAACCACACAGUUUAUACAUACGGUAUAUUUUUUUAUAUUGUGCGAGUUGUAGUACAUCAUAUAAACCAUUUUUAUAUCAGAAUAAAACACCGGAUGAGUUCUCAUUGGGAUGGCCUGUCUCUCUGUAUAAAACUACUGCACCAUAUUAACAUGGAUAGAGAAGGCAGCUACAUAGGAUCAGGUGCUCAACAUCUGUGUUGCAGUGUGUAUGCAGGUGUUUGGAUAAGCUAAUCAGUAGAGUUAUGGAUGAUAUGAGUCUUGUUCUGGCAUUACUUGUCAGGUAGGGGCAUAACAGCAACUAACAGCGCUGUAGAGACCCUCCACCACUAGGGGGCAGUCACAACCACGUCUUCUGUUUUCAGCCAGACUUCACCUCUGCAUUCCUAUGGGGAUUUUUAUUUCUAUUUAAUAUUUAUAAAAAGAAAGUGUGGUCAGUACGAAGGAAAAUGACCGGAAUUGUGGACUUUUGAUGUGUUUGGUCUCAACCAAAAAAAGGCUUGCCGAAAGGACCCUUGGCAGUAUAAUUAGAGGUUUUUCUCAACCCCACAAUCUGACAGUACAGGGUAUGACCAUGUCUGUCACACUUGUAAAAAAAAAAAAAAUCUUUAAGAUUUCUUAGAAAAAACAAAAAUCUCCAAACAGGAUGGAAGUACAGUCAACAUCAAACCUUAAGGCAAGAUGCCAUCAAUGUGUGAACACAACCCAACAUUCCUCCAUGUUUAUGUAAAGGUAGGAAGUAGACUCAGUAGUGUGUUGGGAGUCAAGUCCCAUGUCCUAGCUCUGAGACCAGAUGAUAUCCAUCUGUCCCUGCAGAAACAGCUGGGUUGUUUGGAGUUGAUCCUUAAACCAUCAAAUAUCAGAGAGUGCCAGGAAAGGUGUGGUGAUCCUCUUAGCUCUCUCUCUCUCGUCAGUGGACAACUGUGUGGUACUGCUAGUGACCACGGGCUAGGAAGACUAGGGGGGAGAACUGAGGUCAUUAUUAAAACAUUUUGGGUGGUGUGAUUCAGUUGUGACUCUGACGAUGAAAUGUACAUAUUGUUGUUUUCAUGUGAAAACAAAAGAAAAGCUGAAGGUCUUUCUUUGUCCUAUGUUCUUUGUUUUCUGUAAAAUGAACAUGAAGCAGGAAAUGAUGUAUUUUGCGGUCUUUCUGUGAAAAGUUUUAUUGUGCAUAAUCAGCCUUGACAGUAAAAUAAAAUGGGUUUC